AUUUUAAUCUUUUAGUAUUUUUUUACCUUUUGGACAUCCAAUUAAGUUAGAUAAUAUUAAUAUUUGUGUGUAGUAUUUAGGUGUAAAUGAACAUAAAUAGUUAUAUAACUGUGUACCUGUUUUAAACAAAAUGCUAUUCUUGGUGGCAUGUCUGGCCACCCUCAGCCUCGCGUGGGCCGAGCCCCGUGUGAUCGAGCCCCCUAUCCGAGUGGACCUGCAACCCCCUGAAGAAUUCAACUCAAGGGAUGCUGUGGCAAUGAAUGACGUCAUCACGUCCUGGAUCACCAUGCCCGUCGAUCACUUUGAUCCGCAAAAUACUGACACUUUCGACAUGCGUUACAUGUACAACGAAGAGUUCUUCGGGGGGCCCGGGUACCCAGUGUUCAUACUUAUAGGGGGAGAGUGGAACAUUGCGCCCGGCUGGCUACGCGGGGGCAACAUGUUCGAGAUGGCGAGGGAGAAUAGGGGAUACCAGAUUUACACUGAGCACCGAUACUACGGAGAGACUUUGCCUUACCCGAACUUCACCGUUGAAAAUCUCCGAUUCCUGAACGUAGACCAAGCUUUGGCUGAUCUAGCCUACUUUAUCAGAGACCUCAAAACACAGCCAAGGUUUGCUGAAAGCAAGAUUGUCAUGUAUGGUGGUUCUUAUGCUGCCAACAUGGCCCUAUGGUUCAAACAACGGUACCCACAUCUAGCUGUUGGUGUGGUAGCUUCGAGUGGGCCUAUCAAGGCGGAAAUUGACUUUACUGGUUACUUGGAAGUCGUCCAUGAAGCGUUCCUUUUGGAAGGUGGCGAGCAGUGCAUGUCUAUAAUAAGACAGGGCAUAUCGGACACCGUGCAGGCGUUAGGGACUGAGGAGGGUAGGCGGCUGGUGGAAUUUAACUAUAGAAUGUGCUCGCCUCUAGUGGAUUACAACGACGUGUACGAACUGGGUUACUUCUCUGGCUUCAUCUCGUGGACGUUCUCCGGGGCGGUGCAGCAGGCGCGGCCUGGCACUCUCUCUGAGAUCUGUCACAACUUUGUCAACAACGCUUAUGGUUCUACACCAAUGGAACAGAUUGGAGGAUUCAUCGCUCAUAGACAGAACUUAGGAGGAAGUUGUUGGGGCAUCCAGUAUGCGGCGCUUAUCAAUACCUACAGCCAAAAUACCAACUCUCGCGCGUGGUAUUACCAGACGUGCACCGAGUACGGGUACUUCCAGACCGCGCCUCGCUCAGGCACCGUGUUCGACCCUCUGAGGUGGCUCACCGUCGACUUCUACGUCGAUAUUUGCAGAAGAGCGUUCAGUGAACAAUUCGACGAGGAAUUCGUGUUCGCCGCAGCCGAUCGCGUGAAUGAAGUUUACGGCGCUCUCAACCCUAACGUGAACAACACGAUCAAUAUCCACGGCUACAUCGAUCCCUGGCGCGCGCUUGGGGUGUACGACAGAGACAUUUCCGAGACCUCGCCUACUUAUACAGUCCCAAGAGCUUCGCAUUGCUUUGACAUGCAGAACUGGUUGACAACCGACACCAUUCGUAUGACGCACGCGCAACAAGCAGCCAGGAGGCACGUCGCAAGAUGGUUGAAUUGAUUACUUCAAAUUAUUUAAAUAGUUUAAAAAUGUACACCUAUUUAAAAGAAAAGGAGAAAUAACAAUAAAACACUUCUUUUACUCCCGACUUGCGUCAGGAACAUAAUUUAUUAGUUUAAAAUUACACAAUCUGACAAAUCGAUAAAUCCACAGAAGUCAAUUAGAAACUUUUAACAGGUCGAAAUUGAAACAGAUCGAAAAAUAUAAUCACAAAGUACUCAAUGACCGCCUUACAAAUAGAUAAAACUCUAAGUUAAUUCCUAAUGUCAUAACGUACGGUUAGCGUUAAACCUACCGGCGGAAUUACAGUAUCAUUAAAACGGAUUAAAUGCACAGUGCACUACUCCCGCGGACGGGUCGGUGUGUUUUCAAAAUGGCUCUUUUCCACUGGCUUCCUUUUCAGAAACACAACACAAAUCGAGACGCGCGGGGGGCGCGGUGGAGAUAAAUUUACUAACGCAUUAUUUUACAUCGUACGAGGCAGUUAACUGACACUUAUCAUCACAACUAAAAUAGGAAGCAAAAUCAUUUAAGCCCCGCCCCUGCGCGCCGCACAUUUGCAGUGAGCGAGGACGCGCGGCGACGCUGCACAGUGACAGUUUGCAGCGCUGUAAUGUUCAGCACUGCACACACGCAGUGACCAGCACUGCACGCGGCAGCCGGCCGCCGCCGCGCGCGCUCGCUGCACUGUGACGCGACCGAGGAAGUAGUCUACUCUACCGCAAAUCAUAGCACUUACAUCAUAAAGCUCAAAGAACAUUUCGAGAUUGAGGACAGUCCAUCGUUUAAGUGAUUCGCGUAAAA